UCCACCUGACUGCUCGGCACCUGGAAACAUGCAGAUUUGAAGCAGUUUAUAAUUUUUCUACAGCAAAUCUAAAAACUGAGAAUUGUCUGGUUAAAAGGAGCAGCAGGGUGAGAUGUCUCCUCUUGAGAGGCUUAAAGUGCUCCUCUUCUUGGCUUUGUUCUUUGGAGCAACAGGAUUUCUGUUUAUGCUGCUGUCCUGCGGGACGGAAUACUGGCUGCUGGCUGCAGAGUCCUGCGAUGAAGGAAGUGGGCUGAGCAAGACAAGAGGCAACUUAAAGACUGUGGAUAAUGUGAGGAUGUUCCAUGAGGGUCUGUUCUGGCGCUGCUCCUUCCAAGCCGUUUCUAGCGACUUCUCCAUCUGGGACCUUUGGAUCUCAAAUCAGCCCCUCUCGAAGGUCUGCCAAGCUGCUUUUCUCUUCCCGUUUCCUGUUAAUGAGCCAGUGCAGGUGGAUCUGCAAGGUUUCCCCUCAGAGCCCUAUGAACAUCCAUCUGCCAUUGUUUUUAGGACCUUCUGGAGCAUCUUCUUCAUCACAGGUGUGAUGGCUAUCAUUAUUGGUGGAUUCCUUGGCAUCUGUGCUGCUCCACUGACCAAACACAAACUCUACAAAGUGGGUGGAGCUCUUCAGCUUUGUGGAGGAUUGUGUCUGCUGGCUGUGGUGGUGAUGUAUCUGAUCUGGGUCCAGGUCUUGGAUACUCUAGAGCAGUUUGCCCUCUACAAAAGGGUCUCCAGCUGCCCUUCUUUCCAGAUCAGCAUCCAGCAUGGUCCCUCAUUCCUCCUGGCUCCAGUGGCCAUAUUUUUCCACCUGCUGGCCGGCCUUCUGUUUGUCCUUCUGAGUCGAAGUCUAGAGAGGAUGAAGUCGGACAGGAUGGACAGAUUACACGAUUCCUCGGCAACUGAGCUGUGAGUUGAGGAUCCAUCAAGUAUCUGGAGAAUCUCUCCCUGCUGCUGCAGUCCUGCUAAUGUUAGCGCCUACAAACUUUGUGAUCAGCAGCUUUGCUUUUUCUGCACCUGGUGCUGUAUUGUUCCAAAAAGGCAUAAAAUUGUCUUUAUUAAGUUAAAGUUUCGUUUAUAGCCAUCGAAGUGACAAAAAAGCCAAGGUUUAGGCACUGCAUUAAGCAAGAAUCAAAACCCAUUUGCUUUUGCUUUGCUCAGUGCAGCCAAAACGUUUGAAUUGAAAAUCUUUACACCACAGAAUUUGUUUCCAAAAUCCAAAAGAUGUUGAUUUGACUUCCAAAAAUCUUGCUGUGAUUUUCAACUAACAACUAAGGAUAUUUUUGUGGGAUCAUUUUAAUGUUCUAACAGCUGCUUGAAGGAGCCCAUGAUGGCUGGAUAUAGAGACAAGGAGUUAAAGACGACAAUAAUCUGAUGAAGGUCUGAGACCUGAGGAUGUUCUUCUUAUUUAUUUAUUAAGUUCUG